UAUAAAUAUGGCGUAGCUGCAGGACCCAGGAAAUUAUCCAAAAGGACCAAAACCCAACCUGCCCGACGAAUCUAUCAAAACCCAACUUCUCCCUUUUUUUCUGGAUUCAUUGGUUUCUCUUUCGCCUUCCACGCCAAGUUAUACCUCCACUAUUUCUAAAACCCUUCUUCUUUCAUUUCGUUUCACAUUCUCAACCGGAAAUCAUGGCGGAGCAGAAGGGAUCCUCGUCGUCGUCGGGAAGUGGACGCCGGCUGGUGGUCGUUGGAGGAGGAGUUGCUGGUUCAAUGCUCGCCAAAUCAGCCCAAUUCACUGCCGACGUCACCCUCAUUGACCCCAGGAAGGACUAUUUCGAGAUCACUUGGGCAAACCUGAGGAGUAUGGUCGAGCCUUUGUUUGCAGAGAGAGCAGUGAUCAAGCAUCGAGACUACUUCACGAAUGGGCGCGUCGUAACGUCCAAUGCUAUCAAUAUCACCGAGAAAGAAGUCAUAACCGAAGAGGGCGAAGCAGUUGGCUAUGACUAUCUUGUUAUUGCAACUGGGCACAAGGACCCUGUUCCUAAGACUAGGAAGGAAAGACUUGCUCAAUACCAUUCAGACAAUGAUAAGAUCAAGUCAGCUAGUUCCAUUUUGAUUGUUGGAGGGGGUCCUACUGGCGUUGAACUUGCUGGAGAAAUCGCUGUUGAUUACCCCGAAAAGCAGGUGACACUUGCUCAUAACGGUUCGAGGCUGCUGGAGUUUAUUGGGCCAAAGGCUGGAGACAAGGCAUUGAAAUGGCUGCAAUCAAGGAAGGUUGAAGUGAAGCUGGAGCAGAGAGUCGAUCUAGACAAUGUCUCAGAUGCUGACGGCAGCAAAACGUAUCAUACCUCAUCCGGGGAAACCAUCCAAGCAGAUUGCCAUUUCUUGUGCACUGGGAAACCACUGGCCUCGUCAUGGCUCAAGGAUACCGUGUUGAAGAGUCACUUGGAUGCUAAGGGAAGGCUGAUGGUUGAUGAGUAUUUGAAGGUCAAGGGCAGAGAUAAUGUCUUUGCGAUCGGAGAUAUCACCGACAUUCCUGAGCUUAAACAAGGGUACUUGGCGCAAAACCAUGCUACAGUUGUUGCGAAAAACCUCAAGGAAACUUUAAGCGGAGGAAAGCCGUGCAGAAUGAGCACUUACAAGCCAGGAUCAGACUUGGCAAUCGUUUCACUGGGCAGAAGGGAUGCAGUGGCACAGUUCCCAUUUAUAACAGUUAGUGGCAUUCUUCCAGGCUUGAUCAAAUCCAAAGACUUGUUUGUGGGGAAAACCAGAAAGGCGAUGGGGCUAGACCCUAAUGUUGUAGACCAUUGAAGCAUCAAUGUGUUACUGAAUCACUUGGCGUGAUCGUGUUGUAUUUGUACGCGUCUUCCUUAAUGUUUUCUUGUUCUUCCUGUAUUUAAGGUUCGGCGUUGGUGGUUUGUGUGGGGGGAUGUGAUGCAAUGUUAUGUGCUAUAGAUUCGAGCUUCGCUAAGUUGUUGUAUGAUGUGUUCUUUGUAGGGUUGGUCACCCGAAUUAUACGAUUGAAUUCACAUUCGAAUUGAACGCUUUUUUUUUUUUGUGCGUAUGUGAUCAUUAAGUAGUAAAUGGAGAGCAUCAUUACAAAUGAGAAGAGAAA